AUGUUUCAAGUGCUCACAGGUGGCCAGUGGCUCCUGCACUGGACUGACGCUAAAACUGGCAUCCUGUGCCCCUUCCUGUCCCCUCUGGAGCCUCCACUUCCGCAGCUGAAAACCUGCAGUGGAGUCUGGGACAACCUGACGUGCUGGCGCCCUGCGGAUGUUGGCGAGACGGUCACAGUGCCCUGUCCAAAGGUGUUCAGCAAUUUUUACAGCAAACCAGGAAACAUAAGCAAAAACUGCACAAGUGACGGAUGGUCGGAGAUGUUUCCAGAUUUCAUAGACGCGUGCGGCUACAACGACCCUGAGGACGAGGGCAAGGAACCUCCGCAGCCCAGCUCUGGGUCCCGCACGCUCACCGGCAACGUCUACGACUGUGGUUUUGUCUUGUUACGUCAGAAAACGAGAUCCCUGCUGUCCCCUUGGGCCGCGUUUCUUUACCCCAUAGGGAAGCUGCAUUGCACCCGGAACUACAUCCACCUGAACCUGUUCCUCUCCUUCAUCCUUCGAGCCAUCUCAGUGCUGGUCAAGGACGAUGUCCUGUAUUCCAGCUCGGGCACACUGCACUGCCCCGACCAGCCGUCCUCCUGGGUCGGCUGCAAGCUCAGCCUGGUGCUGUUCCAGUACUGCAUCAUGGCCAACUUCUACUGGCUGCUGGUGGAGGGGCUGUACCUCCACACCCUGCUGGUGGCCAUAUUCUCCCCCAGCCGCCGCUUCGUGGCCUAUCUCCUCAUUGGAUGGGGCAUCCCCACUGUGUGCAUCGGGGCGUGGACUGCAGCCCGGCUCUCCCUAGAAGACACGGGUUGCUGGGACACCAAUGACCACAGUGUUCCCUGGUGGGUCAUACGAACACCAAUUCUAAUUUCUAUCAUAGUCAAUUUUGUCCUUUUCAUUAGUAUUAUACGAAUUUUACUGCAGAAGUUGACAUCCCCAGAUGUCGGCGGCAAUGACCAGUCACAAUAUAAGAGGCUCGCCAAGUCCACGCUGCUGCUCAUCCCGCUGUUCGGAGUCCACUACAUGGUGUUCGCCGUCUUUCCCAUGGGCAUCUCCUCCAAGUACCAGAUACUGUUUGAGCUGUGCCUCGGAUCCUUCCAGGGCCUGGUGGUGGCGGUUCUCUACUGUUUUCUGAACAGCGAAGUGCAGAGCGAGCUGAGAAGGAAAUGGAGGAGCCUGGGCCGGAGCCAGCCCUCCGGCCGCGACUACCGGCUCCACAGCUCGUCCAUCUCGAGGACCGGCUCGGAGGGCGCCCUGCAGGGCCCCCGGGGCUCGCGCGCCGCGUCCCUGCUGCAGACGGAGACCUCGGUCCUCUAGGGCCCGCGGGGCCGGGGCGGGGCGGACCCCCGGCUCGUCCGCCCCACCCCGUGCUUGUCCGUCUGCGGAGCAGGGUCACGCCGUGACCGACGGGGACUUAAUCCAGUUGUUCAACUCCGUCAUUUAGGUAAUUUUGUUCAUAAUGCUGUUUGGCCUUGUAGACAGACCCAUUUUCAAAGAGAAUAGGGGAGACCGAGGUGGCCCCCGAAACGAGGCCGACGCCCCAGAACGUGAGUCCAGCCGCCGCGGAAGGAGAACAGGGGUCCCAGCCUCGUGCGUUCUCGGCGGGGAGCGGGCCCUCCCCGCGUGCCGCCAGCGCUGGCCCCCGCCCGGCCCUCGGCAGCCCCCCGCCUGCAGCACGUGCAGAAGCCGGGGCACGACCUCCUGGCGCCGCUCCCCAGGCGAGUCCUCCCGGCCCUCCCUCCGGCGCCCGCUCGCCCCACCGUCCAGGGCUCUCCUCUCCCGGCUUCACCAACGCCGUGGCCGCCCGGCCCGAGGAAAGUGCGGAGAAGAGCUCAGGGUGUGACAGCAGGUCGUAGCGGUCACCCCGGGGCAUCGGCGCUGCAUGAGGGUCCCUCGACCCUGGACAGACGCCUCCCGGGUGACUUCAGCCCCCUUCGCCCAGCGGGGCGACCUGCGGCCACGGGGUGACCUGCAGCCAGGCUUCCGUUCAGGCUCCGGGUCAUCAGGGCGACACCAGGCGUUUUAUCUGGUGGGCGUGGAGACCUAUUCUCUUUUUCAUGAAAAUAAUCUUGAAGUCAUUUCUAUUUAAAUAGAGAGUUAUUUUAACAAAGUGUAAAAAUGAGUCAAGUGCUCCUGUGUUGCUUUAACUUGUAAAUGUGGACGGAGUAUCCACACGUGUAGACACUCAAUAAAACCUGAU